CAACAACCAAACACGAAACAGCAUCGACUGGGUCCAUACCAAGAAAAGAUCGACAGUAGGAGCCGCCGCACACAUACAAUUCCGAAACCAUGCUGGUAUCCUUCACUAUUUUCCACAAGGGCGGACGAGUCCUCUUCCAGCACUCGGACGAAGCCUCCGGGGAAGACGACGAUUCUCGGUCACGGUCGAUCAACACCUGGCUGGAAGAAAUUUAUUUCAAUCCCACGGUUUCCAAAACGCUCCACAAGAACCAGAUCCUGGUCGAUGGAACCACGCGGCAAGUAGUGGAAUGGGAGGAGACCUCCGAGCUCAUUGCGCUGGCCGUCUACCCCGACCUGCGCCACGAAGACUCUCCGUGGAUCCGAUCGCUGCUAGCGGCAAGCCUCCAGGAAUACCAGGUCUUUGCUCGGGCCCGAUCGGCGGGGACGGGCGAGGACAAGGAAAACUCGAACGCAACAAACGUCUUUCAGGGCCCCGCUGCCGCCAGCCCCGAAAGCCAAUCGCUGUUCGGGAAAACCUUCGAAAUAUUGGUCCAGAAGCACCGCAGCGAAUCGAAAUUGUCGUCGUCGGCGGCGGCGGCUUCCGGUGCCAGAAGCAACAAAGCCUCCGGCGCGAGCGGCGGCAAUAGCAACAAAGGCGGCAAAGAAAAACGACAGUGGCACGAUGGAAAUGCCAAGGUAACGGAAAAGGCGAUGAAGGAGCUCGACAAGAGCAAGGCCGCCACGGCAGAAGCUAUCGUGAAAAGCGAGGAGCAGGCCCUGGCGGAGGCAAGGGCGGCCUACCUGCCCACCGAUGCAGACCUCGCAGAUUUCGACAUCGAGGACACGACCCAGCUCGCAGACGACGAAAACGACGGCGACGGUGACGAACAAGGAGGCAGCGGUUGGGGAAAAUCCCUACAGGGCCUCUUCGAACAGAUGACUGGGCAGAAGGUCCUGACCAAGCAGGACCUGGAGGCCCCCCUCACCGAAAUCAACAAGCUCCUGACGAGCAAGAACGUCGCGGGGGACAUUGCGGAGCAAAUCUGCAACAAGGUGCGGGACUCCCUCGUCGGAAAAAAACUCAACUCGAUGUACCGCGUCAAGACGGCCGUCCGGCAGGCACUGGAGCAGGUGAUCGGCGAGCUGCUGCUCCCGAGCACGGAGCUCAACCUGUUGCGGAAGGUGGUUUCCAAGCGGGACCAGGCCUCGUCUUUUUUUGCCAAGAGCAAGACGCAGCGUCCCUUUGUCAUUGCCGUGGUCGGGAUCAACGGGGUCGGAAAGUCGACCUCCCUGGCCAAGCUGGCCUACUACCUGAAAUCGAACGGGUGCAGGCCGCUCCUCGCGGCCUGCGACACCUUUCGGAGCGGGGCCGUCGAGCAGCUGGGCGUCCACGCCCGGUGCCUGGGCCUGCCCAUCUACAGCAAGGGGUACGCAAAGGACCCCAGCGCCGUCGCGGCCGCGGCCAUCGAGCAGGCCACGAAGGAGGGCAACGACGUCGUGCUGGUAGACACGGCGGGCCGGAUGCAGAACAACCUCCCCCUCAUGAAGGCACUGGGGAAGCUGGCGGCGGAAAACCAACCGGACAUGGUGGUCUUUGUGGGGGAGGCCCUGGUCGGGAACGACGGGGUAGACCAGGUGCGGAUGUUCGACAAGGCCGUCUCUUUCCAGAACCGAAACCAGAGGGUCAGCGCCAUUCUGCUGACAAAGUUCGACACGGUGUCCGACAAGGUCGGGGCCGCGCUGACGAUGACCCACGUGACCAACGCCCCGAUCCUGUUUGUCGGAACCGGGCAGAAAUACCACCACCUGCAAAAACUGUCGACGGCGUCGGUGAUUCGGUCCCUCUUCCGCUAGCCUGCCAGCAUUGGUGGGCCUCGGGCGGCCUCUGGUUGCGCACGGAGUCCGGUGCCCGCGUCGCGCAAACAGAGAAGCGUACGGUAGCCGGGCGUAACAGACUAAAACGACCGGAGAGAG